CAAUGAAGCUGUUCUGGAUGUCCGUGGCAGCCAUCUUUGUUGAUGUGUCAGCUUUCAGUUCCUGUGAGGGGGCUGCCGCAGGAACAAGAGGAGCGAGAAUGGCUCUGUACCCUCCCGCUACACGCACACCCACCCCGUUACGCAUUCUGGGUCUCCGGUUCUAAUUAGCAAUGGGAGAGCGGCUACUAAUGCAACAGAUGCUCCGGUCCCCAGCCUCCUAGCAAACGGAUUUUUGGUGAAAAGAUGGAUGAGCACUUACCAGAACAGCAUAAUACUCCAAGGAUGGUUAACCUAUCAGAGACUGAUAAUGAAUCUUCCAACUUACCAAGUGUUGAAGAAGCUGACAAAAAUUAUGAUAUUCAGGAUGAUGUACAUAUUGCAGAUGCAAGAUGUGAAAAAAGCACUUUAAGCAUAGAAAAUAAAGAGUUAAUACUGGAUCCCAUCUUAUCAUCUAUUGAUUUAAAUGAGGAUGGAAAUGCAAUUGAAGCACAACCUGCUCCAAACUUUAAUGGAGACUGCUGUGAGUUAAAAGUAAAAGAAUCCAAGGAAGCAGAUUGCUUGCCCAGUGGACAAGGUGAACAACAUGUUUUGAAAACGGAGGACAAAAAUCAGUCCUUGACGGACCUAUUUCAAGAUCAUGUGAAAAGACCUUAUGGGGUCUGUUCAGAGAGCCCAUAUGACACGGAUUACACUAAGAACCUUAUCUCAAAUCUAGAGAAUGCUUCCUCUCAGGAGGCUUUGCUAGAAGAAAUUGAAUCUGAGCUCCUGUCAACAGAGUUGUUGAAAAAUCCUACACUUUCAAACGGAAUGUGCAAUACCAAGGCUACCUUGGCUGUGUUUGAAAAAUGUAUUCAAGAUAAAUAUUUACAGCAAGAGCACACAAUAAAGAAAUUGAUUAAGGAAAACAAGAAACAUCAGGAACUAAUUUUGGACAUUUGUUCAGAAAAGGACAACUUAAAGGAUGAGCUGAAGAAGAGAACAGAAACUGAAAAGCAACAUCUCAAUAUAAUUAGACAGCUUGAAGUGAGAAUAGAAGACCUCCAGAAAGAAGCUAAAACGGUUAAAGAUAAACUUAUAUCUCAGGAUGCUGCUGCAAAAAAUGCUAUACAGCAAUUGCACAAAGAGAUGGCCUUUCGCACAGAUCAGGCAAACAAGAAAUGUGAAGAAGCCCGUCAAGAAAAGGAAGCUAUGGUCAUGAAGUAUGUUAGAGGAGAAAAGGAGUCCUUAGACCUCAGGAAGGAGAAGGAGACCCUUGAAAGAAAACUGAGAGAUGCAAACAAAGAUAUUGAAAAGCAUACUAACAAAAUUAAGCAGCUUUCCCAGGAAAAAGCAAGAUUGCACCAACUAUUUGAAAGCAAGGAAAAUGAAACCACCAGAAUGUCACGAGAUAUUGAAAAAUUAAAAGAAGAAGUCAAUUCUUAUGUGAUCAAAGUAAAAUGGGCUCAAAAUAAAUUAAAGGCUGAAGUGGAUUUACACAAGGAAACCAAAGAUCGCCUUAAAGAGGCAACAGCAAAGUUAACUCAAGCCAAGGAGGAAACUGAUCAGAUACGAAAGAAUUGCCAAGAAAUAAUAAAAACAUAUCAGGUCAAAUGUUUAGAAGAUGAACGGUUGAGAACAGAAGAUGAGUUAUCAAAAUACAGAGAACUUAUUAAUCGACAGAAAGCUGAAAUUCAUAAUUUGCUAGAGAAAGUAAAAACUCUAGACCAGCUGCAAGAGCAACAUCAAAGAGAUGAACAAGAAAUGAACUCUUGGAAAGAAGAAGUGGAUAAUCUGAACACUCUGCUUAGUGACUUCCAGCAGGACAUAGAUGGCAGUCGGAAAAGAGAGUCUGAGCUGUUGGUAUUCACUGAAAAGCUAACCACGAAGAAUGCCCAACUCCAGUCAGAAACCAACUCCUUACAGAUGCAACUUGAUAAGCUAACCUUCAUGGAGAGAGAGUCUCAGAAUCAGCUGGAACUUAUUAAUCAAGCAAGAGAUGAACUGGCAAAUAAAUUGAAGAAGGAAGACGAGCUCCAUAGAAACAAGGUCCAGAUACUGGAGAUGGAACUAGCAUCUCAACAGAAAUCAUUUGCAAACUUGAACACCAAGGCAGAGGAAUUAAAAGAUGAACUCAUGACGCAGAAGCGAAAGCAUGCUGCAAAUCUUAAAGAUCUCACCAAACAACUUCAACAAGCACGGAGAAAAUUGGAUAACCUUGAAAAUGGCAGUUGUGAUAAAGAAGUCAGCAGCAUGGGGAGUCGUUCCAGCUCAUCAGGGUCCCUUAAUGCUCGGAGCAGCAAUGAAGAUCGUUCACCAGAAAACACGGGCUCUUCAGUAGUAGUUGAUCAUUUUCCUGAAGUAGACAAGACUAUCUUGAUUGAGCGGAUAGUAAGACUGCAGAAAGCACAUGCUCGGAAAAAUGAAAAGAUGGAGUUUAUGGAGGAUCAUAUCAAACAACUAGUGGAUGAAAUUCGGAAAAAAACCAAAAUAAUCCAGAGUUACAUUUUGCGGGAAGAAGCUGGCACGCUUUCAUCUGAAGCAUCGGAUUUCAAUAAAGCACAUUUAAGUCGGCGCGGUGGAAUCAUGGCCUCUCUCUAUACAUCACACCCUGCAGACAGCGGACUCACAUUAGAACUUUCUCUGGAGAUAAACAGGAAACUUCAGGCAGUCCUGGAGGAUACCUUAUUGAAAAAUAUUACCUUAAAAGAUAACCUACAAACUCUUGGAACUGAAAUAGAACGAUUAAUUAAGCAACAACAUGAAUUAGAACAGAGGCUGAAGCAGACAUAACUGAGACCAAGAUCAGAAAAAUAGAUAUUUCAGCUUUGAUGAUUAUAUAAAAUCGGAUGGCCAGAUAUGACAGUCCAAUGAAGUCUUAACAAAAUAAAGUUGAUUGUGAACAACUUUGACUAGAUCCGAACGUCUGGUUUGCUUAAACAAAUGGAGACCUUGAACUUUUCUGAACAUACUUCCAUCCAUCACUAAAUUAGUCAUAUCAACACUUGCAGCUUCUUCUUGUUAGAGAGAAUGCAACCACUCUGCUUUGUGCAAUUAAAAGAGCAACUUUAAAAAAUGGACUACUAUAUAAGACUGGUGCAUUUGUUGUCAAUAUUUGUUUUGCAGAACAAAGAGGAGGAGGAAAAGGGGUGGCUGUUGCAUGUAUAUUAACCCCAGUGCCUUCUAGGGCAUACAUCUUUUUCGCCAAAUAUAGAUGCGUUCUUGGAUAUAUUUAGAUUUGUUAUUUAUAACAUGCAUUGGGAAAGGGCUUCAUAGUACACAUUCUUUUAAUAUACAGUUGAAAGAUAUGACAGGUAUUUUAGCAACUUGACCAAAAACAUUUCUUAAAAUCCCUCAUCCUCAAAUGUGAAUAAUAUCCUUUUUCUUUAAAGAAAAAUCCCUCUUAAAAAAAAAAAGAUUGUGAAAACUCUAUAUAGAGUAUAGACAUAAGAGGUUAAAACCGGUUCUGUAUAUAUGGGAAAACAAAAUAUAGAGUCAUGAAGCCUUCAAAUCUUGCAGAUUGGCUGUGUUGAUUGAAAUGAAAAUAAUAGACACUGUGAUGACUACACAUAAGCACAGGUGACAUUACAUAUAUCUGUUCAAGUGACUGAUAAGAUCCCAUAUUGGUUGGGAAAAAAAAGGGAAUAUGCCCAGAUAUUUAAGAUACUGAUAUCGCCUCCUUAACUAUUUAACAAUAGUUGUAUUGUUAAUGUAUACAAUUAUUGUAUAACAAUAAUUAUACAAAUAAGGACAAUUCUUUAUGUCUGCCAUCAUUAUCAUCUAUGUAGCUUCAGUUGGAAUAACAACUAUUCCUAGUGACCAUGCUGGCUGCUUCCUCUGUACAGUUUUUUAAAAAGUUACAUUUAUAUUCUGCCUGUCUACCCAGUUUUGUGUAGCACCCAAGGCAAUUCAUCCUGGCACACUUGGAAGAAGAUUGCAAGUGGGCUGCCACGGGAGAAUAAGGAGACAAGAAAUAAGGGAGCAUGGCUUAAACCUGGAGAGGAGAGCAACUAUUGCAGUACUAAGUGUGAAGCAUUAAAUAAAGUUAAGGCUAUGAAUAAUGUUGUUGUUAGAGAGAAUCAAGGGUGUUGUGAUGAUAAAAACAUCGUUUAUGCCUCUCUCACAACCUGGGGUCCUCCAUGCAUUUGGUUAAGAAUAAGUGGAAUCGUAAUGAAUGACGAUUGCAUUAAUCUUGGAGAAGAGAAAGUGAGGGAGAACCGAUGCAAGCUCUAAAUACACUUUUUAAAAAUUGCUUUGACAAACACUAGCAUGUGUGUAUCUAUGCUUCCAAGAUGAGAUACUCAAAUACCCUUUUGUUCUUUCUCGGGGGCCAAAGGGAAGCAAUAGAUUUUUAGGUAUGUUAGGCAAAUACUUAGCCUUCCUCUGUUUAAUCGCUGCUGCACUUUCAGGAAGACAGCACUUUAAAUGAAUCCAUUGUCCAAACAUUUCCCCCCCUUUUGCUUGGUUAAAAAUAGUUGCUGUCCAAAAAUGUACCAUUGCGGAACAUCUGAAUCUUGUAUAAUGGUUUUUUUUCAAGCAAGGUAAUCAGAAAAUUUUCAUUUCAUCAAUAAAAUCAUCUUUCCUGUGAUCACUUCUAUUCUAUUCGCCCUUGCCUGGUAUAUGAGAGGGAGGCAGCAACAGUUUCCAGUUGCAGUGUUCCUUGUGAUUGUUUUAUUACACAGUACAAAACUCAUUUAGCACUGUUUACAUAGUUGCAUGUGAUGGUUCCAUUCCUCUUCAAGUACGGAGAUUUUAAGAGGUGCUUUGGGGACAACAACAACAUCUGAGGUUAAACAAAUCCCCUUGUAUAAAUGUGUACAUAGUGCUAGAGUUUGUAUUUUUCUAAAAGUUGUUGCUUUUCAUAUUUUUCCGAAAAAACAACACAUGUAUAGCUGCAAUAUUACAACAAGCAAACAUGCUUGCUUUCUGAUUCAUAAUGUUAAAUUGUACAUUGCAUCUUUAGGGUUGUGGAUAUUGAUGUACAGAAUAAUGUUUAGGUUACAAUACUGUGUUUACUUGCUGAGGGAAGAAUACCUGAUCAAUGCAACUGGACUUAUUGCUGGAUAUUUUUCUGCAUACUGUUUUCCUUCAUGUUUAACAAAUUAGGUCUGAAAUAAUAAAAAUGAAUG